AUGGUUUAUUAUGCCGUUCUUAUUCACUGCCUGGUUAUCGUAAAGUUGGUUGGUCGUCUACGUGCGAAGAUUUAUUGGUUGACAAUGAACCAAGAUGUUCAACGCUUCUGUGCUACUUGUAAGUACUGUAUUGCAGCUAAAGCUCGCACUCCAGUAUCUCAGCAGUUGGCUCAAACUGAGAUUGGUAGUCCGUGGGAAGUAGUUGUAGUAGACGUCCUUAAGAUGCCAAUGGAUGCUUCUGGUAACUCAAUAUUGGUUACUGCUUCUGAUACCUUUACAAAGUGGGUUGAAGCCAGAGUAGUUCGCAGGAAGAUGCUUUCAGUGUGA